AUGAUCUACACAUUUAGGUUUUCAAUCUUGGGAGAAAAUUGCGAUGGUUAUGAUGCACACGUUCUUCUUCAGUUGGAGGCACAACUUAGUGGGGAAGCAAAGCAUAGAUUGGAAACAGAGUAUAAAAAUAUUAUUGAGAAUGAGAAGCCAAACAUCCUCAUAGAAUUGCACGAACACAAGAGCUCUUUACUCCCUCAAGGUGCCUAUCUUCCAACACUUAUGAUGCACACGUUCUUCAGUUGGAGGCACAGCUUAGUGGGGAAGCAGAGCAUAGACUAG